GGUCACACUGCCUUUCUCGUUUGAAACUGCACGUGUUGACUAUUGCGUUUAGUGGGGUAAUCUUUGUUUUACAAUUUAAAUAAUGGCAGAGGAAGGACCACCGGAGGCGAGCAUUGACUUUGUGCCCGCACUGUGCUUCGUGCCACGGGGCGUGGCCAAGGACAGGCCCGACAAGAUCGUGCUGACGCAGGCGGAGCUGGCGAGGAUCAUUGGCGAUACGCAGCAGGAGUUGGACGAGGAGAGCGAUGACGAGGCGGAGGAGGGCGACGGUGACACAGCUGACGGCGAUGACAUGGAUGUGGACGACCAUGUGGAUGCCAACAGUGAGAACAGAAAUCCUCGUGAUGAGUUUCAGUUCCAGGAGUACGACAACGAGGAGAACGCCACUGUCACCAGUCUCGCUAACAUCGUGGAUGCCGGCGAGCAAAUUCCCGAUGAGGACGAGGAUUCCGAGGCCGAGGAUGAGGUUAUCAAGCCCAGCGACAACCUGAUUCUGGUGGGCCACGUCCAAGACGACGCCGCCUCCAUGGAGGUGUGGGUGUUCAACCAGGAGGAGGAGGCCCUCUACACGCACCACGACUUCCUGCUGCCCAGCUUCCCGCUCUGCAUCGAGUGGAUGAACCACGAUGCGGGCAGCGACAAGGCGGGCAACAUGUGCGCCAUCGGCUGCAUGGACCCCAUCAUCACCAUCUGGGACCUGGAUAUUCAGGACUCCAUUGAGCCCACUUUCAAGCUGGGCUCCAAGGGCAGCCGCAAGCAGAACAAGGAGCAGUAUGGACACAAGGACGCGGUGCUGGAUCUCUCGUGGAACACCAACUUCGAGCACAUUCUGGCCAGCGGGUCCGUGGACCAGACCGUGAUACUCUGGGACAUGGACGAGGGCCAACCACAUACGACCAUCACAGCCUUCGGCGAGAAGGUGCAGUCGCUGGAGUUCCAUCCGCAGGAGGCCCAGAGCAUACUCACCGGCUGUGCCGAUGGAUAUGUGAGAUUGUUCGACUGCCGCGACUCCGACGCGGUGAACUCGUCCAGCAUCCAGUGGAAGGUCGAUGGCGAGGUGGAGAAAGUGCUGUGGCAUCCCACCCAGAGCGACUACUUCAUCGUGGGCACCAACGAUGGCAGCCUGCACUACGCCGACAAGCGAUCGCCCGACCAGGUGCUGUGGUCCCUGAAGGCCCACAACGAGGAGAUCUCCGGGGUGUGCUUCAACAGCCAGAUGCCCAACCUGCUGACCUCCAUCUCCACGGAGGGCACCCUCAAGGUGUGGAACUUCAACGGCACGGAGGCCAAGCACGUCUAUGAGCACGAGUUCAACAUGGGUCGUCUGCAGUGCAUGCGCCAGUGUCCGGAGGAUCCCUACACCCUGGCCUUUGGCGGGGAGAAGCCGCCGCGCUGUGCGAUAUUCAACAUCAAGAACUCAGUGGCCGUGCGCCGGACGUUCGGCCUGGCCGAUGCGGAGUAGGUUAUUCCUCCUAUUCCAGUUGCGUAUUCAUUGUAUGACUUUUAAAUAAAUAUGAACUAUAUAUAAGGAUCCAAA